AUGGCACCAUCGAUAUGGGGUCUCGACCUCAAGGAGAUGCAGUGGGGAAAGUUCAAGAGCAGUUAUAUGUGGAACAGAGAUUACCACCUGCGCAGAAGGAAAUUCAUCGUCUACCAACUUGCUAUGAUCCUCUGCGUUGUUUCCGAAUCUUUGGGCACGGCUGCUCUUAGUGACUAUGUCGACAGCCAAAGAUAUGUCAAGAGUCUUGAUCGCAGAGUCUACGUCUACAACAACGACUAUAUCGGCGCGGCAUCCUAUAACAUCUUUGCGGGUGUCUUCGUCGCGUUCAUCUUCGGAUCAGCAUUCUUCUUCGACCUGUUUUGGCCUGAACGAGAGGAAAGUAAAGGCGUCCGCAUUGCUUGGAAAGUGUGUGGAAUUCUGUCCGUAGUCUUCUGGGCGGCUUCUUGCUUCACAUUGACCGAGAUCACGGCGAGGCAUUGCGGAUACUUCAGAGGAGCUAGUCCGGAGUACGGUCAGUAUCUGCUGUCGGAAUUCAAGAAGGACGGAGGCACUCCAAUAUGCUACAGAAACAAUGGCCGCGCUAUCGCCGCCGUCGUAUUCCAGUGGCCUGCUUUGCUCGGCGUAAUUGGAAGGCAAGCACAACGUUCAUCUCCUAGAUGGCUCAGCCACUAA